CCAUAAUAAAAUUAAUUUAAAUAAUUUAGAUCAAUUAUCUGAAUUUUAACUUAUUAAAAAAGGUAUUUUAUUAAACGUACGAACUAAGUUUUAAUUUGUAAUCCGAAAUUAGUUCGCGGAGCUCAACAGAGUUGUCUAGCUUUGGAUUAUUUAUAACACCAUGACCUUCUACCUUUUGCCCUAUAAAAGAAGUAACUGUAACGUCGUAGGCCUAACCUGUGUAAUGUGUAACGUCUAAGAAGUAUUUAUGAAGUAGUGUAAGCAAGUGACAAAGUGUAACUUUAAAUUCGGUGAAAUUGAAACAUAAAUCGUCGUAUCUCUUAAACGCACAGAGCAAGAUUAUCAACAGAAGAUUCACUAAAACAUGUCAGCCAGAAAAGUCACUUGUGCCUUAUUGCCUAAAUUAUUUUCACCUAGACCAUUGUGUUGUUCAUCUCAGUCAUGGUCAAGAUUAAAAGCAAACAAUUACACAAUGAAAGAAAAAAGAUUUUGUUCAUCUGUACCAAAGCCACAAAAAGAUAGUGUCACAGUAAUAUUUAUUGAUCGUGAUGGAGACAGAAUAACAACCAAAGCUGUGGUUGGUGAGUCUUUGCUCACUACAGCCAUAAAUAAUGAUGUGGAGUUGGAAGGUGCUUGUGAGGGAACCCUGGCCUGCUCCACCUGCCAUCUGAUUUUCAAGCCAGAUGAUUACAAGAAAAUACCUGAUAAGCCCACUGAUGAGGAGCUGGACAUGCUGGACUUGGCCUAUGGCCUCACAGACACGUCCCGAUUGGGCUGCCAGGUUAUUGUCACCAAAGAUAUGGAUGGUUUAGAGAUUAUGGUUCCAAAAGGAGUGGCAGAUGCCAGAGGUGGCUCAUAAUAACUGACCUCAUCAGCUGGACCAUGCAACAUCACUACUUCUGUAUAAGAUAGUCACUCAACAAGUCUUGGCUUGAUCUUAUUAAAACCUAUUCAUCACCAAAUUACUCUUUAAAAAUUCUAUCUAUAACUUUAACUGUUUACUAGUUCCAUGAUAUCUUGGUGGCAGUUGAUCUGUUUAUAUAUUAUGCCUUCUAUUGAAGCACUCAGUCCAGAUAAUGAAAUAAAGAAUAACAUUAUCUAAGACAUUAUUAACUUGCACUUUUUAACUUUAUUCAUUACUGUAUUUUGGACGUGUUCUUAUGAUAUAAAUACAGAGUAAACAAAGGCAAUAUAUUUUUUGAAGUGUUUUUUAACAGAAGCAGAAGUAGAUGACAGUUUGCAAUAAUUAAAAUAGAAACAUUUGACUCUUGUUGCUGUAAGAUAAUCUUUGAAUUUGGUUACUUUGUGUUUAGUUUCAGAGUGAUUUGACAUCAUAGUUAAGUCAUGGGAAUAGUUUUCUAUACUAGACCACCAACAAUUCUUUUAUAAUGGCUGUAUGAAGCAGUAUUUGUGUAAUAGUUUAAAAAGUUUUAUUUUUUAAAACUGGAUGAAUAUGAUGUUAAAAUAUUAUUUUAACCACAUCAGAUGUGAUUUAAGUCUACUGCUAAAAGUUUAUAACUGUCCAUUAAAAUUCAAUGGAUGAUUAAAUUAAAUCCUAUUUUGAUUUUACUCUUUUCCAAGUGUGGAUGUCAUAUUUUUAUCAGAUGUACAUGUCCUACUUAUGGGUAACUGGUGUACAAAUAUUGAUCACAGAUUUUUAAAAUGCAUUUCUUUUUUUUUCUAGAAUAACCAAUCACAGAUCUUUUCUCUUGAUGUUGAUAUCUUUGUUACUUUAACUCAUUCAUAUAUUGUAUCAGUGUUUCUCAUUGGCCUGCUGUGUCUGGCCACAUGAAUCUGUUGUCAUAUUUCAUCCAUUCAUACAGUCACUAAAGUCCAACUAGCAAUAGUCUGGAGUUGUGUAUGGGUCAACUCUGUGAAUAAAAUAAAGAUAAAUACAAAGUAAAAAAAUUAAUAUGGACUGCAGUAACAUAUAAUGAUAUGUAAGCUUUAAAUUUAAAAGUUAAUCUGUUUUACAUUUUUUUUUAAAUUUUAUUUACUUUUUUAUACUCCCCACCUUCCUCCACAAUUGAUGCUUGCAGAGCAAAGAGAAACAAAUAAUUUCACUAUAUAACAAGAUUUUUUUUAAUGUAUUAGAUUUCUCUAGAACAGGGGUUGGCAACCUACAGCUCUAGGAUGUAGCUCGCCAGUUCCAUAAUAAAUAUAUUAUUUUCAUAACAUAAAAAUAUUAUACUGUAAAAAAAAAAUUAAACAAGAUAAAAACAAUGAGAAUAGGUGGAGUAGAGCCUGUAGUUAUAUAAUUUGAUUUUAUUAUCCUAGCAGAGCUAGCUAAAAUACUAUUAUGUUUGGUGAAAAAACAUGUGUAUGUUUUAUAUAUGAAUAAAUAUUAUUUCAUACUUAAACCCAUUUAUUUUAAAUCUAUUUACCUAAUAUUAAUCAAAUACCAUAAUGCUGAAAAAAAUAUUGAAAACUGGAACAUUUUGUAAAUUUUAAUUUUUGGCUCUUCCGCCUCAAAAGGUUGCCGACCUCUGCUCUAGAAGAUUAAAUGUUUUCCUUGUUUUAGGACACAAGAUUAUAAAAUAGUGAAGAGAUGUUUGUUCUUAUGACCAUAGUUCUUGCUUCCCGGUGCCCUUUUCAUGGUCCUGACAGAAACAACUUCUUGUAUGAGAGCUAUCAUGUUAUGUUUUGAUUGUGAAAGGGGGCAUCAGUGGUGGGAGAUACAUCUUGUAUGUACGAAGUGUUCUUGUAACUUACACAAGCUGUAUGUGGUUUUGUUGAUGGUGUUGAUCAGAGAAAUUAAAUAUCAAUCAAAACUA